GGGCGACGAAUGCAAAGAUGGAGGUGUGCGUUUACACUGUUUUAUUUCUCGGACACUAAAUCUCCCGCUAAUCCCCGCAAUGGAACAGAUCGCGAAGGAAGUCUCCUUAAAUCCAAUCAAGCAGGGUAUCAGAGAUGGGAAACUUAAGGAAAUCGCCAAUGUCCUGCCGUUUCAGGGCUAUCCGUGCAACUACGGUGCUAUUUCACAGGUGAACCCCUCAUUAAUUUCCUCUCAUUUUGAACGACAUCUCCGUACCCACAUCAAUGACGGCUGACUGAUACCCCACAACCAGACAUGGGAAGAUCCCACGACAUGACACAGGUGUGUAGGAGACGACGACCCCCUGGAUGUCUGUGAGAUCGAACCUGGGUGACUCGAUGCGGUGAUAUCAAGAAGGUGAAGCCGCUCAGGGCAUUUGCC